AAGGGGGUCAAAGGUCAGGAGGAAGAGGCGCGCCCAAGAUGGCGGCCUCCAUGUGCGACGUGUUCUCCUUCUGCGUGGGCGUGGCGGGCAGGGCCUGUGUCCCCGUGGAAGUCCGAUUCGUGAGCAGCGCCAAGGGAAAGGGGCUGUUUGCCACACAGCUGAUCCGGAAGGGGGAGACCAUCUUUGUAGAACGGCCCCUUGUGGCUGCUCAAUUUCUCUGGAAUGCACUUUAUCGCUACCGAGCCUGUGACCACUGCCUUAGGGCACUGGAGAAGGCAGAGGAAAAUGCCCAAAGGCUGACUGGGAAACCGGGCCAGGUUCUGCCUCAUCCAGAGCUGUGCACUGUACGCAAGGAUCUCCACCAGAACUGUCCCCACUGCCAGGUGAUGUACUGCAGUGUAGAAUGUCGGCUGUCUGCUGCUGAGCAGUACCACCAGGUCCUGUGCCCCGGCCCCUCCCAGGAUGACCCCCUGCAUCCUCUCAAUAAACUUCAGGAAGCAUGGAGGAGUGUUCAUUACCCCCCUGAGACUGCAAGCAUCAUGCUGAUGGCCCGGAUGGUGGCCACAGUGAAGCAGGCUAAGGAUAAGGACCGAUGGAUCAAGCUCUUCUCCCAGUUUUGUAACAAAACAGCCAACGAGGAGGAGGAAAUUGUCCACAAACUUCUGGGGGACAAGUUCAAGGGCCAACUGGAACUUCUGCGGAGACUCUUCACAGAAGCCCUUUAUGAGGAAGCACUCAGCCAGUGGUUCACUCCAGAUGGAUUCCGGUCUCUCUUUGCUCUGGUUGGGACCAAUGGCCAAGGAAUUGGGACUAGCUCCCUGAGCCAGUGGGUCCAUGCCUGUGAUGCUCUGGAGUUGAAGCCUCAGGACCGCGAGCAGCUGGAUGCCUUCAUUGACCAGCUGUACAAGGACAUCGAGGCAGCAACCGGCGAGUUUCUAAACUGUGAAGGAUCUGGCCUCUUUGUGCUUCAGAGCUGCUGCAACCACAGCUGUGUCCCCAAUGCUGAGACCUCUUUCCCAGAAAACAACUUCUUUUUGCAUGUUACUGCCCUGGAGGAUAUUAAACCAGGAGAGGAAAUUUGUAUCAGCUACUUAGACUGCUGUCAGAGGGAGCGCAGCCGCCACAGCCGCCACAAGAUCCUCAGGGAGAACUAUCUGUUCAUCUGUUCCUGUCCUAAAUGCCUGGCAGAGGCUGAUGAACCUAAUGUGACUUCAGAGGAGGAAGAGGAAGAGGAGGAAGAAGGAGAGCCAGAAGAUGCAGAACUGGGAGAUGAGAUGACUGAUGUGUGAUGUUGCCCUACCCAGAAGGGACCCUGCGCCACAUCUUGUUGGAAAAGGGGGUCCUUCCCUCAGAGAAGAGGCGUGGAAGGAACUCCUCACUCUUACUGCCUGCUUUCCCCAUCCCAGCUUUACCUGCCAGAGGGUAGGACAGAGGCUGGACCCCAGGCCCCUGACCCCCACUAGACCUCAUGCCCUGGACACUGCUGCUGAGUUGGCUUAUGCUCUGCACUGUCACUGAGCCUUUCAGAACCAGCCUCCCCCAGAGCCCACAGGCUGGAACCGGGGUCAGGGCCCAAAAGCAUUUCCUCCUCUACGCUUCAUGGCCCAUGCUCACCCUUCUACCUGAGGCUUCUCCCCUCUCAACUGUGCCAUUGAUUUUUUUUUUUUUUUUUUUUGAGAUAGU